AUGACAAAAAAAAUCGACGACAAGCAAAAAUUAUGCUUCGAUUCCACCGAAUUGGACGCUGCUUGCACUCAAAAAUACAUAAAAGGCAAUUUCCUCCCGACGAUUCUCUGUUUCAACGAAUAUCCAGACACCCCGUCGCUCGAAAAAUGCGUAGAAAGAAGUAUUGAUUGUUCGGAAGAAGCUGCAGGAGUCACUUUGAACAUAAAAAAGUGUGCCGACUCAAAUGAAGGGCAGAAUCUGAUGAAAAAGGCGAGAAAAGCAUUGCCGAUGUUGAGAGUUUUGUCUAAAAUUCGUAUGAGCUUAAAACAUUUUCAGGCACCUAACGGAUUUAUCAACAAGAAAGCCACACUUUUCAAUAAGGCACCGAAAGAGCAGUUGUGCGGAUUGAAGUCGUUGAAGAGCCAAGAAGCUUGCCAACCUUGUCGUCGUUCUUAA